CAAUUAUAUGUCAAUAAAUAGUAUAAUGUUAAUGUAAAGUUCUUGCAUACAUAUUUCUGUCGAAACCAAAUUCAAAAGAAAAAACAACAAGUUAGAGAUGGAAGAAACAAGAAUUUCAGAUUCAAAAGUAGAAAAACUAGAAGAAGAGAAUGAGGAAGCACAGGCGGAAAUUCAAAUAUGGAAAUACAUAUUUGGAUUCUCCAUAUUAGGAACAGUUAAGUGUGCCAUUGAGCUUGGUAUAGCCGACGCCAUUGAAAAUCAUCAUCAAGGUCUCAUGACGCUUUCCGAGCUAGCAUCCGCCGUUGGAUGCACCGAUCCAUCCUACCUUUUUCGUAUCAUGCGGUUAUUAGUGCACCAAAAGUUUUUCAAGGAGAGAUCCACCAUCGGAUGCACCACAGGCUACGCCAACACACCUCUCUCUCGUAGAUUGCUCCGUCGAGGAGAAAACAACAUGGCGGAUUUUAUUUUAUUGGAGAACAGCCCUCCGAUGCUCGCACCAUUCCAAUGUCUGAGCAAUCAUGUUCGAGGAACUUCCGAUAAGUCGAUAUUUGAGGAGGCAAAUGGAGAAAAUUUAUGGAAAUUUACGGAAGCGAAUCCUGAUCAGAGCAAACUAUUUAGCGACGCGAUGUCCAAUGACGCUAGGGUUUUAAUACCUAAAGUAAUUAAAGGGUGCCCGGAGGUGUUUGACGGCAUUACAUCCUUGGUUGAUGUCGGAGGAGGUGACGGGACUACUAUAGGAUUGUUGGUUAAGGCAUUUCCUUGGAUUAACGGUAUUAACUUCGAUCUACCUCAUGUUGCUUUUGUUGCGCCAGAAUGUGACGGUGUUACUCAUGUUGGUGGUGAUAUGUUUGAAUAUGUUCCAAAGGCCGAUGCCAUAAUCUUCAAGUGGAUUCUCCAUGAUUGGAACGAUGAGGAUUGCAUAAAAAUCUUGAAGAAAUGCAAGGAAGCAAUCCCAAAGGAUAAAGGAAAGGUGAUAAUUCUUGAUGCUGUGAUUGGACAACCGAAAGAUGACAAAUUUGAAGGACUUAAGUUGAUGUUAGACAUGAUUAUGAUGGCUCACACCAUUAAAGGAAAAGAGAGGACAUUAAGUGAAUGGGAUUCAAUUUUGAUGGAGGCUGGCUUUAGCCAUUAUGUUAUAAACUCCAUUCCUGCAGUUCAUUCUGUUAUUGUUGCUUUCCCUUAGGCUUAAAUUAAUUAUUGCAUGAACGUGUUUAUGGCACCAAUUUAUUGAGAAUGUAUGAAAUGUUUUCCGUUUAUGUAUGAGUACAUACAUAUAUUAAAUUGUGGUACUCUGUUUGGGACAUAACAGCGUGGAAUCUUUGGAAAUGUCGGAACAAGAGAGUUUGCCGUAAAAAAAAAAGAAUAUUUAAAGGGCGUUAUCUAAUGUAUGAUUAAGGCGGAGUUUUUUCUACAAGUCUUA